AUGAAGUCGGUCCUCAUCGCUCUUCCCCUACUCGCCCUCGCGCACGCCCUUCCCGGCGCACCUGAAUCCGGCGCCUCCAUGCCAGCAGGCACCGCAGCUCCCGAGCCCAUCCCCACGGACAAGCCAGAGGGGCCCCAUAUCUCGAUCACCUCCUACGACAGCCCAUGGUCCAGCGGUGACAGCACCUGGACCGUCAAGACCGCCGUCAGCUACGAGACUGCAUCCAACUAUACCAGCAUGAUGACCGGCAAGCCUACUAGUGCGUCUGCUGCUGUGCUCACCACCGCCAGCGUAAGCCCCAGCGGCCACAGCUCUGCCACCUCGGCCGCCGCAAGUGGGUCUCAGUCUGCCGAACCCUACCACGGCGCCGCCAACAAGGUCGCAGGUGGUGCUGGUGCACUGCUAUUUGCUGGCCUGGCUUACUUCCUGUGA